AUGGCGUUUCAGUACGUCACAGGUUACAACAAGCCGUUCCAGCACGGGAAGGGGGAUGGUGUGCUCGCCGUCGACUAUCUGGCCAUACCGGUUUUCAAGGGAAACCACUACUCGCUCAUCAUCGUGUGCGAUCCGGCGAGGUUGUGGUGCAAGGACGGCGAGGGCGAUGGGGACAAGCUGCAGAUGGUCCUGUUCGAUAGCGAGGGCGCACAUGCCGGGGAUCCAACCGUCUUUGAUGGCGCGAAGCUGCUGCUGGAUAUCACGACCAAGCAGUUGCACCUGGACUACGACCACAAGCGGCUUGUUUCCACGCUAUUGAGCGCGGACUGUGUGGUGAUGCAGGCGCACCAGCUCAUCAUGCAAGACAACCAGGUUGACUGUGGCGUCUUUUUGUGCCACUACUUACGCGGACUCGUAGAGUCAGACUUCUCAAUGGUGCUGAAAUAUCUGUAUUUGGACGGCGUGAGCGGUGGCCAGUACCGCCGGCGCAUGCGUGCGGAUCUGUGCGCGCAUGCAUCCUGUGAGCUCGUACCUACGCUGACCACACGGGGGAAGAUCGUUCCACCACAGUAUGCACCUCGGACAUCGGAAAUCGGCGCCGUGAGGGCGUCGGACGAGGUGGACAUGAGGAGCCGUCUCGCUCAGUACCAGGUCGAGGUGUACGGACUGCGGAGGGACCAUGUCAUCUGGGCCGCGACAGUGACUGCGCUCGGGAACGCCAUGGGGUACAGCAGAGAUCAGAUGCUCGCAGCUGCCGCGUACGUGGUGAAGACGGACGGAGGGGCUUAUCGGAGCAUUGAGGUUGCGACAUCACCCUCUACGCCGCCUCACCUACCUUGUGAGUGCACCGGUGGACCCCUCCCCGCCGACCCCUGUGGCGCGCAAUCGUGUGCGACGGGAGGUUUCGUGGCACACACGGACUUGGGCGUAAUCCAUCAGCACCCCCGGCCCCUUCCUCCAUGCUCGCGUGUGUCGCUGGCCCAUGACAGUCCUGGUGGGCCGAAGACCCCUACCAACGGGAACGGUGAAGUCGGCCCGGGUGUACGUGCGCUGACAGAGGUCCUGCUAGACACGCGUGCAGCGAAAAGGAGGGAGAAGCGAUCGCGUGUCGAGGGCGGAAGCUUGGCAGCGGAAGGUACAACAGCCACUAGUGGUGGGGGGGAAAGUGGUGGGUCCUCACAGUAUACCGGGGUGCGGCGAGAAAAGAAGAGGGGGACAUGGAGCGCGAAGAUAUUGGUGAGGGAGCCUGGUCAGGCCAGGCGGACGCAGAUGCGGUUGGGGUCAUACACACAGGAGCCAGAGGCAGCUUACGCUUACGCCGCAGCUGCUCAUGUGUUAAGGCCUGGCGUCGUCAUUCCGCGCACAAUCCAGUUGACACCAACGGAACAAAGCCUUCUGGCAGGAUGCUCCAAAAAGGUCAUCAAGCUCCUUGUCAGGAGUCGGAUGUGGUUCCACUGGAGAGAGUGGGAGCAGGCGGUUAUGGACUGCCAUGGAAACAUGGAUAAUCCUGAGGCCGAGACCCCAACCGGGUCUGCAGCGGGAGGGGGUGGGGACGAGGUGGAGGAGGAGGGGGGGCAGGACGCUGAUGUCGGCAUGGACGAUCGUGUCAAUCAUACCGCUGCUGUUGGAGUAUAUGCUACAGCAUCCGCUGCACCGGAGACUUCAGUGGCGGAGGCACCUCAAGCAGAGGUGGAGAUAAGAAUCGGUGCGGGCGAUGAGGACAUCGAGAGUGAGAGCGAGGCACGCCCGGCGCCGUCCCGGUCGAAGAACUUGGCCUCUGUCAUGGUAGAGUCUCAGGCGACUACCACCACCAGGCCCCGACCUCCGCCCGUGCGCGUGGCGGACAACCCUUUCGUGGCCAUGCCUGUAGCUGGGUCGUCUCGUGACCCGUCAGCGCCCGCGGAGGAGACACAAAUUCUGGUUAGUCGAGCGGAGUUCGAGGCCUUGAAGAAGGCGCAAGAAGCGAGCGCGCGCAACGUGGCCCGUCUUGAAGAUGAGCCGCAGUCUGCUAAGGCUAUGCAGGCACGUGCACCCCCUCGCAGGCCGGACGAGCAUGUCUCGGGGAGCGGUGAAGCUUCUGGUCGGAAGCGGAGGCGUCGGGAAGUACUCGUCAAAGAGGAGACAUCCGACGAGGAGAGCGAGGAUGAGGCACCCGCGAAGAGGGGGCAUCUGAGGGUGUCCAAGUCACCGGUCUUGCAGCGGGCGCUCAAUUUUUUGCCUGCAAACAAGGCGUGGAAGUUUGGGAACGAUCGGGAGGGGAUGCCGUUCGCCUCUGCCGCAUUCGUGGCAUGUGCGGUAGUGGCAUUCAAGACGAAGAAGGUGGCUGGGCCACUGACGGUGAAGCUUUACCACCUGGCGUGGCUGGAGCAUGAAGUGAUCGACACGCUGAUGAACUGGGAGGCGAGGAAGGCGCGACUGUCGAACUCUGCUUGUGGAAACGCGCAGGUGGUCGAUGGGCUCGUGAUCCUUGCGCAUGAAGCAGUGUCGAAUGCGAUCAGAAUCUUCAAGCCUAAGUACGACGUGUCCUCGUGCUCGUGGACCUGGGGGCGCCAUGGCCUUCGGCUGUCCUCGUGCGGGCUGGAGGACUUAAUUACAGGCCAUGCCGCACCCCGUGAUGGGGCGGAGGUUCAGGCGGAAGAGAUCUCUGGGUCGCUUAGAGGGCCGUAA